CUAGUAAGCCGGUCAGCGGGUCAAAGUUGAACCCACAGCGAAAACAUGGUGGAACACGCAAAUAUCCGCGUGGUUCACCGCGGCGGGAGUAAAAUCAACUUUAGAGCGCCUGUUAUCACAAGCGAUUCCAAGUUCCUCCUGUGUGCUUCCGGAGAGUGUGUUAAAGUGUACAGCACGACCACAGAGGAGUGUGUUCAUGAGCUGCGGGGACACACCGACCUGGUCACGGGUGUGCUGCUCAAGCCCUCCAACCACCUGCAGGUCUAUUCUUGCUCUACAGAUGGCACUGUCAAGCUUUGGGACUUUGCAGAUGGUAUCCUCAUGAAGUCUUACUUUGUUGGACAGCCAAUUCAUGCCAUCUAUGCCUCUGGACACCACGAAGGAGUUGUCUUCAUUGUCGUCCCUGACAAAAGAACGGAGCUGUUCCAGCUAGUGGCUCUACAUCUGCCUCAGAGUGGGGAUCAGCUAGCGGAGGGCCUCGAACUUUCGGCCGUGCUCCCAGACGUCAAAGCUAGUCCGGAAUCCAUCGCCUUUGGCAGAGGGGGGGAGUACAUUGCUUCAGUCAAGGGUUUGUGUUUGGUGGUCUUUUUCUUCAGGAAGCAGAAGACAUUCAGCUUUUACCUGAAGCAAAACAGCGGAAACGGACGCAAAAACACAUUCACGUGCAUCGCCUGUCACCCGAAGGAUGACGUCAUUUCCACCGGACACGAGGAUGGAAAGAUUCGCUUGUGGAGAAACUUCAACCACAAGAAGGAGUACACAUAUUUGACACUACAUUGGCACCACAAUGCUGUCAGCUCGCUGUGCUUCACUCCGGAAGGUACCAACCUACUGAGUGGUGGUGUGGAGUCUGUGCUCGUCCAGUGGAAAUACGGUCAGGAGAGCCAGCGGGACUUUCUUCCCCGACUCGGAGCCACAAUCACACAUGUCACCGUCUCGCCCGAUGGCGCGCUGUUCUGCACCUCACACGCAGAUAACAAAAUCACAAUUAUCAAGAGCUGCGUCAAAGUGUCUGCCGUCAUUCAGGGCCUCGUCAAAGGAGAAAGCGUCACCACAGACUUGAUGGUGGACCCUCGCAGCAAAGCUCUUGUCCUGAAUGGGAAGCCAGGCCACUUGCAGUUUUACUCCCUUCAAAGAGAUAAGCUGCUUUUCAACUUGGAUAUUGUGCAGCAAGAGUACAUCCACGAGCUGGGAUUGCAGCAGGUUGAAGUGGUGAAGGCGGCUUUCGACUCCUCUGGAGAGCGGCUGGCGACGGUCGAAGAGAGGAAACCCAAGGCGGCCGAGUUGGAGCUUAGUUUGAAACUCUGGACAUUUGACCAACAAACGCAAAGUUUUGUGCUGGACACAACCAUCUCAGCCCCCCACGAGGGUGGGAUUACGGCCAUGUGCUUCGCUCCCGCCGCCGUGGACCACCGCACCGCCACGCUGGUGUCUGCCAGUAAAGAUGGACACUUCAAAGCCUGGCAGCAGACAGUGUCCCCCACCCAGACGGGAGAUGAGGGUCCGUCGUGGGAGUGCGACUUCGUGGGCUCUUACCACAGCCUGGCGCCUCAGUGCUGCUGCUUCUCAGCCGACGGCUCUCUCCUCGCCAUCGGCUUCCAGGAGGUUGUGACUUUGUGGAGCCCGGCCACUUGGGAGCUCCUAACCACGUUGUCUCAGCCGCCGGGUGAUAUCAGGAAUCUUUGUUUUGGACGACUAAGCUGCUCCAAAUACUUGAUGGGAACGACGGUGAAGAACCUGCUCUGCUGUUGGAAUCUCCUCACUUGCUCGCUGGAGUGGAGCACCUCCAUGGACGUCAGCUUGCUGUUGUCUGACCCACUGUCUGAGAACAUGGCGGCCUUUUGCACUCUAGAUGGGUGUACCGACUUGUUUGUGUUUAAGCCCUGCGAGCCGCGGCCGCUGUUUUGCCAAAAGGCCGUGUGUCCGGGGACGGUGACCCGGGCUGUCUUCUCCCCGAGGGACUCCUUGCAGGAAAGCUGCGACGAGAGCUGCCAGUGGCUCAACCGAUCUCAGCUGUACUUCCUUAGCCAGCACAUGGACCUUAUGACGUUUAUCACUCAGGCGGAGGAGAAGCAACUAAUGGCUUCCAAUAAACAGCUUGUCGUUGACGACACUGUUGCCAUGACGCCGUUCCACUUGUUGCUGGGCGCACGGCGGCAAGGAGGAGGCGAUCUCGACCAACCAGAUCAUCCCGACACCUCGGCCAGAGCGCAGCUCCCGCAGGGCUCUGCUGCCAUUAAGGAGCUUCUGCAGACCCCCGCCCACGUCCUCCCUGCCGCCACUUUCCUCUGCUCCAUGUUUGUACAGUCACUCCUCAUCUCAGUUGCUGACUCCAGUAAAACCAAACACAUAGAGGAGGAAAUGGAGAGUGAGAAAGAGGAAGAGGACUCCUUCGACGAGGAGGAGGACGAGAAAACCGGCGUCGUUCGGGCCAAGUGGGCGUCGAUGGAAGCAGGAGAGGCGGCCGAGGCCGCUGCGCCGGCGAUGACCCGAACGCAAGCCAGAGAACUGAGGCGAGUGAAAAAAAUGGAGCGCGGCUGGCUGAGUGGCCUCCUGGACUGCUGAGCAAAAACUGAAAGACAAGUUACGGAAUUGCAAUUUAUUUUGGUCUAUUUUACAAUAAAUGUAUCAACCCUCAUCUCGCAGGCUGAAUUAACCCCAAACAACGUUUGACCACAAUAGCCCCAGUCACCAGUUGGACCAAUCAAAAUGGAAUUAGGUGGACACGUUUAUCAUACCAGGACACGUGAGAAAGUAUCGCAGAGCGCGGGCCGAUAAAUUGAAGUCGGCCAUUUUAGUUGAACGCCGACAUUUAGCGUGAAUUGGGGGCCUUAUUCUUUGAUGAAUUACUGCUUGUAUCCCAAUUUUCAGUAAAAUGCUUCCCUUUGUGUUCUGUGACACCACAACACAAUAAUACUCU